AAGCAAGGCUGACGGGGCAAAGAUGGACGUAUUUGGUGGCGCGCCGCGCUUCCUGGCCUAUCCCAGGCCCGUCGGUGUACAGAGCGGGACCGACGCAGUCCUGAAGUGUCAGAUCGGUGGAGAUCCAAGACCGGCAGUCAUAUGGGAGAGGAACAAUGAGAAGAUUGACCCACAAGGACGAUACCGCGUCUUUGAGGAUGGCAACGUAUACAAUCUGAUCAUAACCGCUGUGACGAUGGAGGACAGCGGUCAGUAUAUGUGCAAAGCAAAGAACAGCAUCGGCGAAACGUACGCAGCGGCCACACUGAAGGUAGAAGGCGAGGCGCAAGAGCUCGAGUUAAGAGAGGAGAACAAACCGCGAUUCCUGAUCAAACCUCUAUCCACCCGAGCCGGUCGCGGAGAUGACGCCGUCUUCUCCUGUAAGCUCUGGGGAAGUCCGCGACCGGAGGUGACCUGGGAAAAGGAUGGCAAAAAGCUCAGCGAAAUAUUCGAAAGCACUCACUUCAGCGUGAGUUACCAGGAUGGGGGAUGGUUCCAGCUGAAGAUUUUUAAGACUCGCGCACCGGACGGCGGCGUGUACACAUGUAAGGCGAGGAACGAGUUUGGGGAAGCGCUGGCGGGAGCCGUGUUGCUCGUCGACGCGGGCCCCGGACACGAGGAUGACGCAAACCGCAACGGCUACAACAACGGCAACAGAAAAUGUCACCAAGGCAAACAGAGGAUCAGCAGGCAGAUGCCCAAUCAGCACAAAGACCAGAUGACGACCAAGUCGACGAGAGUGAAAAUGUUUGCGGUGACGGAGGGGAAGCAUGCAAAAUUCCGAUGUUUUGUGACAGGAAAACCCAAACCGGAAAUCAUUUGGAGAAAAGACGGAAGACUGAUACUGUCUGGAAGGCGAUAUUUGCUGUACGAGGAUCGAGAAGGAUACUUUACACUCAAGGUUUUGUACUGCAAGCAGAAGGAUAACGGUGUCUACGUGUGCGCCGCAUCAAAUACGGCGGGCCAAACCCUCAGUGCUGUCCACCUCUCAGUCAAGGAACCACCUGUGCGGUUCAAGCAGCCGCUCAUCGAUCUGGAGGUAUGGGAGCGGGACUUAGCUGUUCUUGAGUGUGAAGUCCCAGAGGACUCUGUCCCAAUCACAUGGUACCUGGAGGAUCGACGACUACAACCAGGAGCCAAAUAUGGAAUGGAGGAGUGGGGAACAAAGCGCAGACUUACAAUCCGUGACAUCGGUGUUGAUGAUGACGGGAUUUACCUGUGCGAAAUGCCCGAUGGCGGACGAAGCAUCGCUGAGGUGGCAGUGAAAGGUCCAAUUAUGCGAAAGCUUCCAAGGAAAGUGGAUGUUUUGGAAGGUGAAAAUGCUGCCUUUUGUGUUGAAGUGGAAAAAGAAGAGAUGGACAUACACUGGUAUAAAGAUGGCGUGGAGCUGCGUGAAACGCAUCAGACCAUCUUGAAGUCUUUUGGUCGGACUCAUAUUCUAGUUUUUGUCAACACGAUGCCCCAAGACUCUGGCUUUGUGACUUUCUUUGUGGGGCGAUCCAAGACUUCCUCUCAGCUCAGAGUCAAGGCGGCCAGGCAUUGUCCUCCGAGUGUCCCAGUGGGAGUGCAGAUCAACACAGAGCGGGCAAAUGCGGCACUUCUUUCAUGGACUCCAGCGCAGGACUCGCGCAAGAACCCUCCAUCCGGUUAUGUACUGGAGCGACAGGAAGUGGGUACGGGUUCACAAGAAUGGUUACAGUGCCUGACCACCGACUCGGCUACCUCGGUGGAGAUCCUAGGCGAUAGCGUGCCUUGUGAGGCCGAUUAUCGGUUCCGUAUUUGUAGUGUCAACAAAUAUGGAAAGAGCAACAAUGUGGAGUUCCCUCGAGCAGUGCAUUUGGUUCCGGUAGCCAGGAUACAAACCCCCUUACAGGAUGCACUGGUUCCAGAAGGACAAGAUGCAAUCUUCACCAUUGAACUAUCUGCAUCGGUCAUCGGCUCGUGGUUCUUAAAUGGCACGCAGCUUCAGGACGAUGAGCGUUUUUCCAUGCGCCGCUCGAGGACACACCAGUCUCUUCGGAUCCAAGGGGUUCGAGACACCGAAAAUGGAGCCGAAAUAACUUUUAUUGCAUACGGCAUUCGGGAUUCAGCUGCCUUGUACAUUCAAGCGCCUCUGGCCAAGUUUUCAUUGCUGUCAGAAAUGGAUCGAAACAAAUUUGUCGAAAUUGGGAACCCCAUCGUGCUGUAUUGCGAGCUCUCAGACCCCGCCGCUCCGGUACACUGGUACAAGAACGGGGUGGAGUUACAGACAACAGAUGGUCUUCACAUCCAGUCAGAGGGUACCAUGAGGAGGAUCGUCAUCCAAUCAGCAGAGUUCUCACAUUCAGGAGUGUAUUGCUGCGACGCCAUUGACGAUGUCAUCAGGUUCAAUGUGGAAGUCGAGGCCCCAUCUGUGAGAUUUUCAGCGAUUCCCGAAGCAGCGAGGAACAAAACCAUCCACGCAGGCUCCCAAAUUCUUUUACGCUGCGAACUGUCAGAGCACAAUGCCCAGGUGCACUGGUACAAAGACGGCUCAAAGCUCUUUCCUCACAAUGGAGUAAAUAUUCAAGCAGAUGGACUGGUGAGGAAGUUGAUUAUCCCUUCGGCCGACUUUUACCACUCAGGGUUGUACUGCUGCAAGACAAAGGGUGACAGCGUCACGUUCAAUGUGAACAUCAAAGCUCCAUCGGUGACGUUCUGUCCACUCCCUGGAGAAAUGAGGACCCAAUUGAUUGAAGCGGGGGGCCCCGUUGUACUCCGGUGUGUGGUUUCUGAUCCUGAGGCUCCUGUUUGCUGGUACAAGGAUGGAACGCAGCUCGUUUCGACCUCAGAGCUGGAAAUGCAGUUGGAUGGAACCACAAGGACUUUGGUUGUUCGGGAUGCAGAGAUGCACCACUCUGGUGUCUAUCAAUGUAGAACAAAGGAUGACACGAUGGACUUUCAAGUUGAGAUAAAAGCUAAGCCGGUGAAGCCCGCCGAUCACCUUGACGUUAAGAGAGCCAAGUCCUUUGACAUGGGCGAACCUUUGGUGCUGGAAUGUGAGGUGGCAGACUCCGUGUUGCCUGCACAGUGGUAUAAAGAUGGCGUGAAACUCUUUCCGCACAAAGAGCAGGACAUACAGAGCAACGGCACUUUGAGGCGACUCGUUGUCCCUUCUGCUGAGCCUGUGCACGAGGGCCAAUACCACUGCCAAACGUCAGAUGGGACAGUCCACUUCACUGUGGGUAUGAGAGUGCCGUUGUCAGCCUCACCGAAGUUUGUGGAGAAUCAAUCACUUGAGGACCUCUGCUCCUUGGAACAGCCACGUCAAAUUUCAGACCCCGGGAUUCAUGGCCCACGCCAGGCCGAGGCGUCACUGCAGAAGGCGAAAGCCACCGUAUCAACUUCAGAACAAGAGUUUGUCAUGGAAGCCAUCAAGAAGACACUUGUCAUUGGACCAAGUCAUCCAUCAAACUCUGGAGCAUACUACUAUGCAACAGCGGAUGAUGUUGCUCCGUUAGUUGUCAAAACUCAAGUGCCGGCUGAGACACGUGGUCCAGAUGUUGCGAGGGCCAAAUCUGCUGAAGAACGCUGCCCGAUUGUGCAACAAUUUGAAAUUUCAGACCCCGUUGCCAAAGCUUGUUGGUACAAAGACGGAACUCCAUUCUACCCAAAAAUGGAAACUCAACUCAACUGUAUUCAAACAGAAACUCUUGUUAAACCUGAAAGCAGCAUCCAAGCCUGUUCACUUCCAAAAAUGGAAACUGUUGUUGAACCUGAAAGCAGCAUCCAAGCCUGUCUACUUCCAAAAACAGAAACUCUUGUUGAACCCGAGAGCGACAUCCAAGUCUGUCCACUUCCAGUCACGCUUGACACGGCUGCUGUUGCGAGUUUUCACUGCCAAACAUCUGACGACACGCAAUUAAAUGUGGACGUAAAAGCACGGCAGUGUCACCGUGGUGGUGAGAUUGCUGAGGUUUCUGAUGCAUCUGCCCAAAUCACUGCGGAUGUCCAAGCCGAGCUCCCAAGAUUUGCCUCCGAACCAGAGAAGAUCAACUCGACAGAUGCCGAUGGCAUUCCCUCAAAGCACAAGUCUGGCAGCUCCAGUGGCGAGAGGAGAGAUUCUCUGACAUGCGGAGCACAUUCCACGCACAAGAGCACUCACCGGUCGACUCAUGAAUACGUGACCGCAGGGAUUUUUACAAAAGACAAAAACGAGAAAAACGGUCAGGAAAAAAAACGGACUGUCAAAUCUCUGCCCGACUGCAACCCAAUCAAGCCGUCAAUCAUAAAGCUUAAGCCAUGCUCUCAAACUCGACAUUUUACAGAAUCACAAGGUGAGGAAUCAAUUUUCCAUAUACGGAAGACAGAAGACCCUGAGGUUUCUGAACAAUUUAUGACUUCCUUGCAGACAGCUGUCCCAUUAGACGUUUGUAAUUCCCGUCCGAGUUCAAAUGUUGAAUCAGAGGAGUCUAAUCUGAAGGAUGUAUCUGUUGAAUUCGAAGAGCGAUAUGGCCCAGCGCCCACUGCUGCGCCGUCAGACCUCGAUAACCACCAAAAGACUUCUGCCCCCCAGUCAAGGUGCUUUACGAACCAAAUAGAGACUGUGUCGGUCCAAUUAGACAGAUACUCUGACUCUGUUAGCGGUCCCCACACAGAGAAGCCUUUUAGGGCGAUGCAGUCCACAAGAUUUCGGGUAGAGGAUCCCCGCAAUUCCGCAGAGAUUUCAGACUUCCUGACCAAUAAUCUUCUUAAUUGCAUCCAGACUAAACGACUCAUUUCAGACAAGCACAGUAAUUCCGUACAGCCUGAUAUCUACCAAUCAGAGGAGAUGUUGACUGUCUCCUCGGCAAAGACUGACACUGCUCAAACUAUACCUUGUUUAUCGAUGGAGCUGCAUGACUCUCAACAUCUGGAAACGGUCCGGCCAAAGGAGAAUUCACCUGUCCACGCUCCAUUUGUUGGACCAAAUGGUGCCUGUCAAACAGAACCGGCCGCGACUACCCAACAAUAUCAGUCCAUGCUGGAAACAACUGUCCUGACCGCUCAUCCCCACAAUGCGGAGGCUCCAAAGGACCUGGCGCACGACACACUGAACUCUGGACAAAGAUCGUCAUUGCAGUUUUCAGGUUCCGCCUGUUUUGAGCAGACAAGUGUCCAAUCAGAAGAGAGCUAUUCGUCAAGGACAUGUGGCACUCACAGCAAUGUCACUGCAAAUAAGGUGGCUGUUGAAGCUCCGCCUGCGACUAUUUCAACACCGCGUCAGACCGAGAGGAUCGAGUCUGUCGAAGUGGAUGAACCCGAAGCGCUCCCUGUAGCGCCACCGUGUGAGCCAUCAACUGCAAAUGAGGUCGUCUCUCAGCACGAUGAUGGAGUAAAACAACACAAAGAGGCCGGCCAAGACCCGAUGGUGGAUGGUUCCCUAAGAGAAGCGGCUGUGAGUUCUGCGGUGCCGUCCGAUGCGGGGGUUCGCAUCUGUGAGGCAACAUCUGAUGCCGUGCCAUUUCAAGCGGAUGUUCAAGUUCCACUUCAGGCAUUGUCUGCUAUAAGAGAGGCUGAACAGAAACAGUCAGUCACGGAAGGCAGUCCCAUUGCUCUUCAUUGUGAGUUGUCGGACGCCAAUGGACAAGUCACGUGGUACAAAGAUGGAACAAGGCUCCGACCGCAAACUGGAAUUGACAUCCGGUCAAAGGAUCAUUUGCGAAGUCUAGUCAGUCCGUGUACCCAGGUGGCUCAUUCAGGCGUAAACCAUUGUGAGUCAAAGGAUGACGACGUGCAGUUCACUGUGGAAGUAAAAGAUGUAGCAUCCCCCACGAAGUUUUCAGAGCUUCAAGAGGCAGACAGGAACAAGAUCGUCCAAGAGGGCUCUGCCAUUGUCCUCAGCUGUGAACUGUCUCGAGAUUCGCCCGUUGACUGGUACAAGAACGGGCUCAAAGUACACCAACAGAGCAAUUUGGAGAUUCAAACGGAAGGUCGAAGAAGAACUCUUGUCAUCCCUUUGGCCCAAACCACACACGGCGGCACGUAUGAAUGUGCAACAGCCGACGACGCCGUUACAUUCAAAGUGGAUGUAAAAGGCCGAUUGCCACAUAUUAUGCCCGUUGCGCAAUCGGAGAAACACCGGACGAUCGCGACGGGUUCUCCAAUCAUUCUCCAGUGCGAGGUAUCGGAUCCGGUUGCUCAGGUUUCCUGGUUUAAAGAUGAGGCCGACCUCUUUUGCAAAACUGGCCUCGACAUGAAACGAGAUGGCAGCCUCAGAAAAUUACUCAUUCACUCUGCUAAAGUGUCGGACUCGGGCCUCUACGGCUGUAAACUGGCAGAAGAUGUUGUCACGUUCCAUGUGGACGUCCAAGCAGCUACUCCUGUAAGAUUCGCAGCAAUUCCAGACAGAGAAAAGAACAAACUGGUAGAGGCAGGCAGCCCAGUUAAGAUGCAGUGCGAAGUCUCAGAGCCAAGUGCCCAAGUCCAGUGGCACAAGGAUGGUGAGCAGCUGCUUCCAAAAAGUGAUUUUGAAAUCCAAUCUGAAGCCACAUUGAGAGCCUUGGUCAUUAAAGCUGCACAAGUCAGACACUGUGGGGUGUACAGCUGUGAUUCUGCAGAUGACCACGUAGAAUUCAAGGUGGAUGUUGAAGCUGUUCCAGAAAUUAAAGCCAGACAGGCGCUUGAAGCAGGCGAUAUUGACAAAACGCAGCGCAAGGGCUCAGAUGCCACAGGCCGCCCUGUCUUGUAUGAGGAUGGAAUCAAACGCUUUCCCAAAUCCACUGCCAAGAUCGAUUCGGAAGAGCUCACGAGGACAUCUGAUCUGGACUCGGCAGUGUCUUCGGUCUCUGGGGAGUACAGUUAUAAAAGUGACGAUGAGUCAGAGUCCAACGAUUGCUUUGCGGAGGUGAAAGCCCCACCGGUCACAUUUGCCGACGUCCCUGAGGAGGAACUUUUCAAGAGCGUAGUGGAGAAGUCGCAGCUGGACCUGUCGUGCCAGGUGUCGAGGGCGGACGCUGUCGUCCAUUGGUACAAGGAUGGCGCUGAAAUACGGCCCAACAGCAACAUGACAAUACGAGCCGAAGCCACAAAGAGACAUCUUGCAAUCCAGUCAGCCCAGCUGUCCGACUCGGGCGUGUACACUUGCCGCGCAGGAGACAACGCUGUCAUGUUCAAGGUUACCAUUCGAGAACCCCCGGUGAUGAUCGUAUACCCAAAAGAAGACGUCCACCUUGAGCGUCACGUACCCGAAGAAAUUAUUCUCAGCUGUGAGCUCUCCCGGUCAAAUGGAGUGGUGAGCUGGUACAAAGAUGGCCAAAAGCUCCAAAUGAGCGAGAAUAUCAAACUGGAUGUCCAAGGCCCUUAUCGGCGACUGAAGAUUCUGACGAGCAGAGUCGAGGAUUCCGGAGAAUAUGUUUGUGAUACAGCAGAUGAUUCCAUAUUCUUCAACCUCAGCAUUACAGAACCUCCGGUGCAGAUUGUAUCUCCGAGUCAGUCCCAAAUGGAACUGUGCCAGCAAGUGUCAGAGAGGAUGGUACUGAGCUGUGAGAUCUCACGGCCAAAUGCGGUGGUCCGUUGGUACCGAGACGGACUUGAGGUAGAGGAGAGUCACAACCUCAUACUGGAGGUAGACGGCGUGUACAGACGCCUCGUUAUACCUGAGACUACUGUCAAAGAUUCCGCCGAAUACGUCUGCGACACAACCGAUGACUCAAUGACGUUCUUUGUAAAUAUCGCCGAGCCUCCUGUCCGCUUUGUCCGUCCCCGAAAGAUAGUGAACAGACUCGAAAAAGUAGUCGGCGAAUCCUUGGUCCUGGACUGUGAGGUGUCCAGACCGAACGCUGUGGUUCUCUGGAAGAGGAAUGGAGAAGAGGUGGAAGACUCCCAAAACGUCACAGUCGCGGAAGACGGUGUCGUGCGUCAAUUAACUGUUCAUUCGCUGACCUCCGAAGAUGCCGGCAUAUAUGUCUGCGAUGCAAAAGAUGACGUGAUGGAUUUUCACGUUAAAGUCAAAGAGCUGCCCGUGCAAAUUAUUGGGAAACCCGCUGCGAAAACCGAACAGCAAUUCCUGGUUUCUGAUGACAUCAUUCUAGUGUGUGAACUGUCCAGACCAAACGCGUCUGUCUGCUGGUACAAAAACAAUCGACCGAUUGACGAUAGCGGGCGCUACUGCAGCGAGGAGCAGGGAGUUUUCCGAUCAUUGGUGGUCCUCAACGCUUCGCCGGAGGAUUCGGGAGAGUACACUUGCGAUGCAGUGGACGAUAAGAUGGUCUUCCAUAUCACAGUCGCAGAGCCCCCGGUCAAGAUCGUUGGAAAUUCUGGUCACCCGGAGCAUCACAUACUACUGGCGGGAGAAGACCUUAUUUUAGAGUGUGAGGUGUCUCGGCCAAACGCCACCGUUCGGUGGCUCUGGAAUGACGAGAUCCUGAAACCGGACACCCGCGUUAAAAUUUACUGCCACGACGUCACGAGGAAGCUUGUUCUCUCUCGACUUCAGCCGUCGGACUCUGGAAAAUAUGUUUGUGAUGCCGCAGAUGACAAGCUGACGACCGUUGUGGAGGUGCAGGAGAUCCCAGUCAAGUUUGUGAAUAAAAAGGCAACUCAUAAAAUGUUGGCCUAUGAAAACGAGAGCGUCACGCUGUGUGCUGUCGUGAGCCGAGACAAAGCUAAUGUGCGCUGGUUGAAAGAUGGCCAACUCCUGAACAAGGACAACAUUCACAUCUCCGGCGAGGGGAAUACCCACAAGCUCACCAUUAAUCCCCUGCAGCUGUCAGAUUCCGGAGACUAUGUCUGUGAUGCAAACACAGACGAGAUGCAUUUCAGUCUUUUUGUCAAAGAAAUGAAGGUGAAAUUCAUCCGACCGCUGGAGAACAUCGCGUCUCUGAAGGGCAGCAGCCUGACGUUACGAUGUGAGAUCAAUAAGUCAAAAGGAGACGUCCAGUGGAUGAAAGACGGCCUCGAGAUCUCACCAAGUCCACGUCACCGGAUACGAGCGCAAGGUCGAGAGCGAAGUUUUACGAUCUUCGAAGUACUUGAAGACGACGCCGGCAAUUAUGCCUGCGAAAGCUCAGAUGACAGAACCUCAGCGACGGUCACUGUAACCACCCCCCGUGUUGUGGAGUUCAUAGCGGAACUCCGUAACAUCACGGUUUGCGAACGGGAAGACGCGGUAUUUCGGUGUGUGGUUUCACCAGCGGACGCUCAUUUGGUGUGGCUCCUGAACGGCAAACCGGUAGCCCUGAAUGAGCGCGCCGUUGUUUCGAGCAAUGGACUCUGCCACAUCCUCUGUCUCCGCAAUUGCACUCUUUCCGAUCGCGGCGUAGUGACGGCCGAUGCCGAGGGAUUGCUAUCGAAGGCGGAGCUCCAGGUUCAAGAACAGCAGGUGAGGUUCACCAAGAAGAUGGCGCCGGUUACGGCUGAGGAGUACAGCGACGCGACCUUGGAGGUGGAGGUGAGCCUGGAUUCCAGCGAAGUUCAGUGGAUGAGGCAAGGGGUGUUGAUCCACCCCGGGGCCAAAUACACCCUGAACCAGCAGGGCCCCAAGCACAGCCUGACCAUCCACAAAGUGACCGCGUCCGACCGGGGCGGCUACAGCUGCGAGACCCUUCACGACUGCACGCAAGGCCAGCUCACGGUGGAACCUCGAAAAGUCACCAUCAAGAAGGGCCUGAGCGACCUGACAACCAUGGAGAGAGAAACCGCCUCCUUGGAGGUGGAACUGUCCCAUCCCAAUGUGGCCGGCACCUGGUGGCGAAAUGGAAAGCAGCUCAAGCUGUCGAGCCACUUCCGCAUGAGCGCCAAGGGACACGUCCACAGCUUGACUAUUUGCAACCUCUCGGUGGACGACACGGCCGCCUUCAUGUUCUGUGCCGAGAAGCUGAAAACAUCGGCGCGGCUCGUUGUCAGGGAACCUCCUGUAACAAUUUUCCGAAAAUUAGAGGACCAGAGAAUCCCCGAGGGCUCAGUCAUCUCCAUCGAAUGCGAACUGUCGAGGCACAAUGUGGACGUGAAAUGGAUGAAGAACGGCAGCGAGGUGAAGCCGGGCAAAAACGUGCGGAUUUACGCCAUCGGAAGCAAGCGAUUUCUUCAGAUCAGCAAAUGUCUCGUCAGUGAUUCUGGCAUGUACACCUGCGAUGCGGGACAAGUGGCGACAAGCGGCACCGUGGAGGUCUAUGAACGGGAGCUGCUGGUUGUCCAGGGCCUGGAGGAUUUAAGCAUCGCCGAAGAUCACAACGCCGUCUUCGUUUGCGAGAUCUCAGUGGAAGACGUGCCGGGAGAAUGGUACAAAAACGGGGAGAUGAUUCAUCCCACCAGUACCACCAAGACCCGACAGGAAGGGACCAAACACUUUCUCCUCAUGUGCAACGUGCGACCUGAGGACUCCGGGGAGAUCAGAUUUGUUGCCAGACACGUGGACUCAGUUGCCAAGUUGCAGGUGAAAGGAUAAAACGGCGCUGGAGAAGAGCCGCGUGAUGUUGGACUGCACCGUGUCCAACCCGCGCUGCAGCAUCCGCUGGUACAAAGGCAGCAACGUCAUCCUGCCCUCCGAGCG